AUGGUCCCCAAACUGGGCAAAAGGCAGCAUCUUAAUGGAGGUUAUUUCAGGUUCGCAUACGCCGUACUUGCCGCAGAUCAGCUGGUUGCUGCUACAAAUUCCGUCAAAUUUCACUACGAGGAUGAGCACACCCUCCUCAGCUGGAAGGUUGGGGAGAAUGUCCACGCGGCAGUGUGGAUCACUCUUGUCCUUGUCGUUGUGACCAUAGUCAACAUGUUCCCCGUCAAAGUCUUUGGGCAACUGGAAUACAUAUUCGGAAGCAUCAAGCUUGCUUUUAUCUCCUUUCUCAUCUUGAUGAGUGUCUUAAUUGACACCAUGAAACCCCGAGCGAAUGCAUACUACAACAAGCCGUUAGGGACAAAAUACUGGGAUGCGCCAUACGGCUUUUUCAACCGUCAAUUUCCAAUAAAGGACGAAAAUGGAAAUCUGCAGCGGAUGAUGACUGGCUCAAUGGGCUCAUUCCUCGGCAUGUGGACCACGCUUAUCAAUGUCAUUUUCUCGUACGUUGGUAUGGAUAUCGUUGCCGCCACCGCCGCAGAGAGUAAAGCCCUAGCAGACUCUGAAGCGAUGAAAAUGGCCUCACGAAAAGUCUCGCUCCGUAUCAUCACCACUUAUGCUUUGACUGUGUUAACCGCCUCGUUCACAGUACCGAUGGACCACAGAUUUUUGAAUGGGGAAGCGCAAUCAGUUGGCGCUCAGUCAAUAUUCAUCAUUGCUGUUGUUGAAGCCGGAAUGCCAGCUAUGGCUCACUUUUACAACGCCAUGUAUCUGUUUUCCGCAUUCACCUGUGCCAUCAACUCGAUGUACGUGGCGUCUAGGGUUCUGCAUACGUUGGCCCUUCGUGAUCAAACUGGACCGGAAUGGAUUACAAAACGAUUACGACUCUGCCAUGCCGGAGUACCUGUUAGGACUGUUCUCGUUACUGCUGCUCUUAUGCUUGUCGCUUAUAUGGGCCCUACCGGAGCCCCUGGACUGGUAUGCAAGUUGAAACACCAACUCUCCACAGAGUAG